AUGUGCUAUGGAUGUCGUUAUUUACUUUAUUUCUACAUAGCGAAAGCCAUCUUACCUGGUGUCCUAGCUCAAACCCCCUUUACCAAUUUCACUAUCUAUCCGAAUGCCGCCGCCGCAGCAGAUACCCCAAAAUAUUACCCCUUAAGACCACCAGCUAUCCCCUUGGCUGUCAGGUCUCCUUACACUAGCGCUUGGUCUUCUACCGCUGGGCAAGGGGCGCUAAGUAACCGAAAUCCCAUAUUCUGGUUUGGCCAGGGUUUAGGAUGGGAAGGAAUUGUGGUAGUCGACGGCAACUCGUUCGAGUAUAUGGGCACUUCUAUUAAUGAUUUUCCGGAGCUACCGUACUUCAAUACGACGAUACCUCUUGAAGUCAGGUUCGACUCUCAAUAUUCGAACUUUACUUUCUUAGCUGGCCCGGUAAUCAUUACCGCUAGCUUCUUCUCGCCAGUCACGCCAAAGGACAUCUGCCGAAGUUCUAUUCCUCUUAGUUAUCUAACUACCACAGUCCAGUCAAAUGACGGCCGCCCACAUCAUGUGAAAUUCUACUCUGAUGUGAACGCUCAAUGGAUUGGACUGGGGAAUGAAUUCGACAUCAUUAAGGAGUUCCACACUGGCCCUCUAAAUGGGAACGGAACAGGAAAUUCAACCGAUGUUCCAACUAGCUGGAUUCUACGGCCAAGGUAUCCCGCACUUUUCGCCGAGGUCUCACAGGUCCCGCGAUGGGGAAAUUUCUCUUUCACUACAAGCCCUGCUAGAGCUGCAAACUUUUCGUACCAAAGCGGAUCAGCUACGAGCGUCCGGUUUGGGUUUGUUAAUAAUCGCGCUCUUAAUGACGAUGCCGGCUCGGCAGCUCGUGGCUUUGGGAACCAAGAACCUGUCUACGCUUUUGCUCAUGACAUGGGUGAUGUGAUAGAGACUUCGGUUCGCUAUACCAUCGGCUCAAUUCAGAACCCAAUCGUGAGAUAUCUUCACAAGGGUGGAUUGUCAAACUUGGCGCCGUGGUGGGAGAAAUGUUACGGAGAAAUGCACGAUAUGAUAAGUUUCCAUUGGAAUGACUUCGAUACUGUCGCAGCAUUAGCCCACGAGUUUGAAACGCAGCUUCGAGCUGAUCAGUAUAUAUUUGACCCUAGUUCAGCCUACGGAUUCCUUGAGCCAACUAAUUCUACUGGUAUCGCCGUUCCCUUCGUCUCGGAGGCGGAGUCAUACUACGCGAUUGUAGCGUUAUCAGCCAGACAGGUUAUGGGAGCUUACGUUUUUGCUGUCCCCCCAUCGGUACCCAACAGCUCGAGUGCAGAUGAUAAUGUAGAGCCACUCAUGUUUCAGAAGGAAAUAUCCAGUAAUGGUAAUAUCAAUACUGUCGACGUUCUUUAUCCGGCGUCACCAUUUUUCCUUUACGCAAACCCAACUCUACUCAAAUACAUCUUCCAACCUCUAUGCGAAUUGCAGGAAGGCGACUUCUACCCCAAUACCUACUCGACACAUGAUAUCGGCGCUCAUUUCCCUUUAGCAACUGGUCACGUUGAAGGCACUGAUGAGUACAUGCCGGUGGAGAAUAGCGGAAAUUUCAUCUUAAUGGCCUACGCAUACUAUAAAUUUACUGGCGAUUCGAACUGGUUGGUAACUCACUACGAGCUAUUGUCUCAGUUUGCCCAAUAUCUGAUUGAGUUCUCGCUCGUCCCUGCGGCACAACUCAGCACAGACGAUUUCGCCGGCGAACUCGCGAAUCAAACAAACCUCGCUAUUAAGGGCAUCGUUGGCCUGCAAGCUAUGUCUUCUAUUUCUAGAGUUGUCGGAAACCCAACCGAUGCUGCCAAAUUUUCUGACAAGGCGACGUCGUACUACGACCAAUGGGAAAAUCUCGCGAUUGAUCCGUCUGGGAAGCACACGCUUCUAGCCUACCAGUGGAGAUCUAGUUGGGGUCUACUUUAUAACAUCUACUUUGAUAAGCUCCUGAACAUGGGGCUUGUCAACCCAAAGGUCUACGAAAUGCAAUCUGCUUGGUAUGCGAGUGUGUCGCAGACCUUCGGUGUACCCCUGGAUAACCGACACCACUAUACCAAAUCAGACUGGGAAAUCUGGACGGCGGCUACCUGUUUUCCCACCACGAGAAGACUUUUCGUCAACGCCAUUGCCUACUGGCUAAACGAGACGACCACCAACCUCCCUUUCUCCGAUUUAUACGAAGUAGUAGGGACGGGCGAAUACCCGUUGCAGAUAGACCACUUUAGUGCCCGCCCUGUUGUCGGCGGUCACUUUGCCUUGCUGACUCUUGGGAAGACCGGGCAGCUUGCUAAUGCUGCGGGCGGAGAUACGACAGGAAGCUUGUUUACGAAGAACGGCACCGAAGCAUUGCCUACCCCUGAAGCACCAAAGACUCCUGCUUGGUAUGCGGGGAAACCGUAUAAGCAACGAGCUGUCAGGAAGUCACCGCCUCGGCCAGAUGAGUUGCGCUGA